GUCUGAGAUCUGUCUGCCGAUAAGUCCGUGGUGGAGAUGGUGGUGCCCAUGGUGGUGUCCGUGCUCAAACUCUUUCUCGUCCUCGUACUUGUCUUUGUGAUGGUGCUUGUGCUUCUUGUGGUCAUGCUUGUGCUUCUUGUGGUCAUGCUUGUGUUUCUUGUGGCCAUGCUUCUUGUAGUCUUUGUAGAACUCUUCGCGUUCCCCGCCGUGGUGGCCUAGGUGGUGGUGGUGGCCCAGGUGAUGGCCCAGGCCAUGGCC